AUGGCGGCUAAGUACGGCCUAAUGCUACAUCAGAUGGACGUCAAGACAGCGUUUCUUAACGGCUCCCUCAACGAAGACAUCUACAUGGACCAGCCGGACGGAUACCUGGAUGCAACACAGCCGGACUAUGUGUGCAAGCUAAAGAGAUCACUCUACGGCUUGAAGCAAUCGCCUCGCAUGUGGAACCAAACAAUCGAUGGGUUCAUGAUCAAGAUGGGAUUCAAGAAGUGCGAAUCGGACCACUGCAUCUACAUCAAGCGAGACGACCAAGACAUGAUUCUCGUGGUGCUCUACGUCGAUGAUCUCAUCCUGGCCAGCAGCAACAACGAACUCCUCAAGUCAACCAAGAUGGCGCUGAGCAAACGCUUCGAAAUGACGGAUCUCGGUGAGGCUCGAUUACUUUCUCGGCAUGGAGAUCAAGAACGACCGUAA